AUACAAAAAUAAAAAUAUCUCAAAAUUAUCAAACGAGAGUGAGUGAGUGUUUUAUUCAAUUUGGGGAUUCCUGUGAUGCCAACGGCGUACGGUCAACCGUCACAGCCUCAGAUGUAUAGCCUCUUCUCUAAGCUUAGACCUUUCCUUUCUUACUCGCCGUCGUCUUUCACUGCUCCGUUCCGGCGGCGGCGGAGUCUCGCGUUUUGCGCUCUUCCUACAAAGACGAAAGCCAUCGACGCAGCGUUGAUGAAGGAGAAAUGGUUGGAUUCCCUGACUCUACCCUCACUAGAAGAAGACAUGGUGACUCGGGAGAAUACUGAGUCAAGUUGUGUCAUUGGGAUUGACCCAGACUUGUCCGGUGCUCUGGCCUUUUUGAAAAUUAACCACAUCUCUGGUUCUUCUGAAGCUCAGGUCUUUGAUACUCCUCACCUGCCGGUUUUAAUCGGAAAAAGAGUACGGAAACGUUUGGAUGCAAAGUCGAUUGUUCAACUGAUUCGAAGUUUAGAUAUACCCCAUGGAAGUACAGCAUAUAUUGAGCAAUCGGUUCCCUUUCCCAAAGAUGGAAAACAGGGUUGGUAUAGUGGAGGUUUUGGAUAUGGAUUUUGGAUAGGAACACUUGUUGCAUCAGGCUUUUCGGUCGUUCCGGUUCCUUCAUCUGUAUGGAAGCGGCAUUUUCAACUUGCUGGUGGAAACUGCACAAAGGAUGAUAGUAGACGAGUUGCGUCGGAACUAUUUCCUUCUCUUAGUUCGCAACUCAAGAGGAAAAAGGACCAUGGACGAGCUGAAGCGUUGCUCAUUGCAGCAUAUGGUGAAACCCUCAAAUCCGCGAAGUUGUUGAACACGUCGCAAGAUUUAGUCUUGUCUGAGGUUUACUGUUUAGAAAACUCGUCGUUGUAAUGUUAUCUUGGCUCAAGUCAUUAACUACCUAUUAAACAAUUCCAAUUUGUAGUCGACACUUAACUUUACUAAUUCUUUUUGUUAAAGACCAUAUAAUCUAAAAAAAUCUACUCUAAUAAAUAGCUAUCUGAGUGUCCAUAUCAAAUUUUCAA